UAAACGCUGAAACGCCAAGUCUGCUAGGAAGCACUUUUCCCCAAUUCCCCCCACCUUAAAACCGUUUCUGGCACGUUCAUUCCGUUUCUCGUAGGACGGCGCGGAAGCUGAAAGUUUCAGAACGACUCGUUUUUUGUCCUCCUCCGAGUCCGACUCGGAGGCCCAAUCGGGUUCGCAUUUGCGUUUAGUUCUGUCGGAGAUAGAUCGUUGGUGGAAAAUUUCCAGUCACAGAGCUGGAGUCUCUACAAGAAACCAAGCAGUUGAAGGGCCCCCCUGCCACUGUCAACGGUCAGAUCCGUUAUCGAUCGCCGUCUGCUGCUGAACUUUUUGAAGGUCAGGCUGGAAAUUCUCCGCCGUCUAAUUCCCCUGACCAGCACCUAUCCGAAAACGAAUCUGGCAAAAUGCUCAAGCGUCCCGGCCGUUCGGAGUCCUUCUCCGAUAAGAUCUACAGGUUUCGCGGCGUUUUGUUCGUGGUCUCAGUUCCACUCCUCCUCAUUACUUUUGUGCUCUAUUUAAUGCCUGCUAGCUCUUCAAACCAGUCCAUAGAAGACUAUGCUAUCACUCAUCGUAAAAUGUCCCCCAAUCACAAAUCACCCAACUCUUACGCCGUCAUCUUCGAUGCUGGCAGUUCUGGCAGCCGUGUCCAUGUCUUCCAUUUUGACCAGAACUUAGAUCUCGUUUACAUUGGCAAAGAUCUUGAGCUUUUCGUGCAGAUUAAACCGGGUUUAAGCGCAUACGCCCAAGAUCCAAGGCAGGCAGCCGAGUCUCUGAUCACUCUUUUAGAUAAGGCGGAAAGUGUUGUUCCACGCGAAUUGCGCCCCAAGACACCUGUUAGAGUUGGGGCAACUGCAGGUUUGAGGGCUUUGGAAGGGGAUGCUUCAGACAGGAUCUUGCAAGCGGUCAGGGAUUUGCUCCAGGAAAGGAGCACUCUAAAAGCUGAGCCUGAUGCAGUUACUGUGCUGGAUGGAACCCAAGAAGGUGCUUUUCAAUGGGUUACCAUCAACUAUCUGUUGGGAAACCUGGGAAAAGAUUAUUCGAAGACAGUUGGAGUGGUUGAUCUUGGAGGUGGAUCUGUUCAAAUGGCAUAUGCCAUCUCAGAGACAGAUGCUGACAAGGCUCCUAAAUCACUGGAUGGGGAGGAUCCAUACGUCAAGGAGAUGUUCCUAAGGGGCAGGAAAUAUUACCUCUAUGUUCACAGCUACUUGCGGUAUGGUUUACUAGCAGCUCGUGCAGAGAUUUUGAAGGUUUCUGGUGAUUCUGACAACCCUUGUAUCUUAGCUGGCUAUGAUGGGUCUUACAAAUAUGGAGGAAAGUCGUUUAAGGCCUCGGCCUACCCUUCUGGUGCCAGCUUGAGUGAAUGCAAGAGCACAGCUCUCAAGGCUCUCAAAGUUAACGAGUCAAGUUGUACACACAUGAAGUGCACUUUUGGUGGCAUAUGGAAUGGUGGAGGAGGGGAUGGACAGGAAAAUCUUUUUGUUGCCUCGUUCUUCUUUGACCGGGCUGCUGAGGCGGGCUUUGUUGAUUCAGAAUCACCAACCGCCAAAAUUCGUCCUGUGAAUUUUGAGGAAGCUGCCAAGCAAGCUUGUGAAACAAAACUUCAAGAUGCCAAAUCUGCUUAUAAACAUGUCGAGGAGGGGAACCUUCCAUAUCUAUGCAUGGAUCUUGUAUAUCAGUAUACAUUGCUUGUUGACGGGUUUGGCCUAGAUCCAAUGCAGGAGAUUACGUUGGUGAAGAAAGUUAAAUAUCAUGGCGCUCUGGUUGAAGCAGCAUGGCCCUUGGGUAGCGCUAUUGAAGCUGUAUCAUCGGUGUAAUGAAACCAGUUUCAUUCUAAAUCUUGGGGCUUGAGAGUUUGAUCACAAAGUUUUGAGGUGAAAUAUUGUCAUUCCAUGUUAAUUAGAAAUGACAUCAGGCUGAAUUGAUAUAGGAUGAGUUUACAUUUUUAAGAAUAAUGGGAGAAUAUAGUUCAUUAUUUUUUUAUUUGUAAUUAAUUAGUUUCACAAAUUAUCAUAUUCACAACUCUAGAGGGCUGAUUCAUUUCUAUUGGUUCAUGUAGUCUUCAUAACCGAUGAACACAACAAAACAUAUGCCACAGCAUUUUUGUUCCUGAAAGUGAAAGAUUCUCCUUUGUAAUAGCAGUUUAUCCUUCCUUCUUUCA